AACUCAAUUGUUGAGUUGGAGUCGAUUCUCGAAAACUGUCACACGACAAGUAGUAUCCGCAAAGUGCCGAAAACUAAUAGCUGACUAAUAUCUUCACCGUGAUAAUUAAAAGUUAUUAUGAAAUGGUUGACAAUAAUUUUUGCCAUGUCCUUGUACGUGAUGUCGGCGUUUACGCUGGAAAUGACCGAGACUGGACAUUCAAACAAUUGGGCAGUCCUGGUAGAUACAUCAAGAUUCUGGUUCAACUAUCGCCAUGUAGCUAACGUUUUAUCAAUAUACCGUAGCGUCAAGCGACUGGGAAUACCAGAUUCACAAAUAAUACUUAUGAUCGCCGAUGAUAUGGCAUGUAAUCCUAGAAAUCCACGACCUGCAACUGUGUUUAACAAUGCUAAGCAGCAUAUAAACGUUUACGGUGAUGAUGUUGAGGUGGAUUACAGGGGUUAUGAAGUAACUGUAGAGAACUUUGUCAGAUUAUUGACGGGCAGACUUCCACCAGAAACCCCUAGGUCUAAAAAACUACUCACCGACGAAGGAUCCAACAUUCUGAUAUAUCUAACCGGACAUGGAGGUGAUGGAUUCCUCAAAUUUCAAGACUCAGAAGAAAUAACGAGUCAAGAAUUGGGAGAUGCUUUAGAACAAAUGUGGCAAAAGAGGAGAUACCAUGAAAUUCUAUUUGUAGUUGAUACCUGCCAAGCCAGCUCUAUGUACGAAAAGUUUUACUCACCAAAUAUAUUGGCUGUUGCCUCCAGUUUGGUUGGGGAAGAUUCUCUAUCGCAUCACGUUGACCCGGCAAUCGGAGUCUAUAUUAUUGAUCGUUACACGUACUAUGCGCUGGAUUUUUUGGAAACAGUAGAACCUUCCAGUUCCAAAACACUGAGUGAAUUUCUCAAAGUUUGCCCAAAACGAUUCUGUAUAUCUACCGUUGGAGUGAGAACUGAUCUGUUCAGACGAGAUCCAAAAAAAGUACCUGUGACAGAUUUCUUUGGUUCUUUGAGACCCGUUGAGUUAACGAGUACCGUCAUCACCGUCAGUCCAGUUGAGCUCAACAAAACUGUUACUCGAAAACCGUAUAAAAAAUACAGAUAUGUAGAUCGAUUUCCAGAUUUAUCAUCUGUCACGUAAAUGUUCUUGUGAGUGUUGUGUAUUGAAAUAGAAAAUUCAUAAAACAUAA